CAUGGAAAACAGCGACUUUCGGAAAAUUGUUUUGCAGUGUACGCUAGAGUAGAUACUGGUGAACGAACAUUACAUUCAUUGUUUACAUUAAAAGUGUCUUUUUUCUCAAGUUCACUGCUACCAAUUGAGAAUUUCAAGCAGUUACUGCUGAGACGAAAUGAUAUUGAUGUCGUGCAACUGUUGAGCUAUCAAUCAAAUCAUUGAAUUCCUUUGCGACAAAAAAUUUAUUUUUAAAGAUGUGCACCAUACGUUUUGGAAUUCUUUUGGCUGUUCUAUCAACAUGCUUCCGUUAUGGGUACGGGAUCGAUUGCUUCAAAUGUGUUUCACACAAUGGCAACAAUGUCGCUUGCGAUGAUCCAUUUCAUAAUAAUGUUUCGACUGCAUUUUUGGAGGCGCCGUGCAUGGGCGGUCGGAAAGGAAGGGACGGACUGUUUCCAGCUACAGCUUGCAUCAAAAUUGCUGGACAUUUUGUUGAUACGGGAGAAUCGAUAACAGUGCGUGGAUGUGCACUCGACAGCGGAACAUUGACUACAGAUACAGAAUUAAUUCGUAUGUCACAUUGCGGUCGAUUUUAUUACGAAGAUAGAUAUGUAAAAGGGUGUCUUCAGAGUUGUGGCGACUCGGACGGUUGCAAUCACUCCAAUCAAAUCAAACUCAAUAUAUUCGCACUUAUUUCAGGUAUAUUUGUAAGUAGAGUCAGUUCAUCGUUUUUACAUCUAAGAUAAUAAUAGAAGAGGUGAUGCAAUAGAAAUUGGUUGAAACAAUUAAUUUUCCACUCAAUUUUGUAGAUGAUAUUUAUUAGACCGACGUGAAAGAACAGAUAUUAUAUCGAGAAUUUAUCAUAGUUGUAAAACAGUUAACUUUAUAUCAUAAAAUUAAUCAAAACACUGAUGAAGAGAGGAAUUAAUUUUUUUUUACAAAGAAACAAAUUUGGUUUUGCUAGUUCUGCUUUUAACAAUAAAUCGUCCACAAUUUGUUAAAAACUUAAAGAAAAAUUUGUAGAAAUGAAAUAAAUUCUGAAUGAAUAACGCAUCAAAUUCACCUUUUAACUGUUAA